AUGGCACCCGCGAUCGGAAUUGAUCUAGGAACCACAUACUCAUGUGUAGGCAUCUUCCGAGAUGACCGCAUUGAGAUCAUCGCCAACGACCAGGGUAACCGCACAACACCCUCGUUUGUGGCCUUCACGGACACUGAGCGUCUCAUCGGUGACUCUGCAAAGAACCAAGUCGCCAUGAACCCCGCCAACACCGUCUUCGAUGCCAAGCGCCUCAUCGGUCGCAAGUUCGCCGAUGCAGAGGUUCAGGCCGACAUGAAGCACUUCCCCUUCAAGGUCGUCGACAAGGGUGGCAAGCCUGUUAUUCAGGUUGAGUUCAAGGGCGAGGAGAAGACCUUCACACCAGAGGAGAUCUCAUCCAUGGUCCUGACCAAGAUGAGGGAGACUGCAGAGUCCUACCUAGGUGGCACUGUUAACAAUGCCGUUGUUACUGUCCCUGCCUACUUCAACGACUCCCAGCGUCAGGCUACCAAGGAUGCUGGUCUUAUUGCUGGCCUUAAUGUCCUCCGUAUCAUCAAUGAGCCUACUGCUGCUGCUAUUGCUUAUGGUCUUGACAAGAAGACCCAGGGCGAGCGUAACGUCCUUAUCUUUGAUCUUGGUGGUGGUACUUUCGAUGUUUCCCUCUUGACCAUUGAGGAAGGUAUCUUCGAAGUCAAGUCCACUGCUGGUGACACUCACUUGGGUGGAGAGGACUUCGACAACCGUCUUGUGAAUCACUUCACGAUGGAGUUCAAAAGAAAGCAUCGCAAAGACUUGACCUCGAACGCGCGUGCCCUCCGUCGCCUGCGAACCGCCUGCGAGCGCGCCAAGCGAACCUUGUCAUCUUCGGCGCAGACGUCCAUAGAGAUCGAUUCCUUGUUUGAGGGAAUCGAUUUCUACACCUCCAUCACUCGUGCCCGUUUCGAAGAACUCUGCCAGGACCUCUUCCGCUCCACCAUGGAGCCCGUCGAGCGCGUUCUCCGCGAUGCCAAGAUCGACAAGUCUUCCGUCCACGAGAUCGUCUUGGUUGGUGGAUCCACCCGUAUCCCCAAGGUCCAGAAGAUGGUCUCCGACUUCUUCAACGGCAAGGAGCCCAACAAGUCCAUCAACCCCGACGAGGCUGUUGCCUACGGUGCUGCCGUCCAGGCCGCUAUCCUCUCUGGCGAUACCUCCUCCAAGUCGACCUCCGAGAUCCUGCUGCUCGAUGUUGCGCCGCUCUCCAUCGGUAUUGAGACCGCUGGUGGUGUCAUGACUCCUCUGAUCAAGCGCAACACCACCAUCCCCACCAAGAAGUCCGAGGUCUUCUCUACCUUCAGCGACAACCAGCCCGGUGUGCUUAUCCAGGUCUACGAGGGUGAGCGUGCCCGCACAAAGGACAACAACUUGCUCGGCAAGUUCGAGCUCACUGGCAUUCCCCCUGCGCCCCGCGGUGUUCCUCAGAUCGAGGUCACCUUCGACGUCGACGCCAACGGUAUCAUCAACGUCUCUGCUCUCGAGAAGGGCACCGGAAAGACCAACAAGAUCGUCAUUACCAACGACAAGGGCCGUCUCUCCAAGGAGGAGAUUGAGCGCAUGUUGGCCGAGGCCGAGAAGUACAAGGCUGAGGACGAGGCUGAGGCUGCCCGUAUCGCCGCCAAGAACGCUCUCGAGUCGUACGCCUACUCGCUCCGCAACACCCUCAACGACUCCAAGGUCGACGAGAAGCUCGAUGCUGGCGACAAGGAGAAGCUCAAGGCCGAGAUCGACAAGACGGUUGCUUGGCUCGACGACAACCAGACCGCCACCAAGGACGAGUACGAGUCUCAGCAGAAGGAGCUUGAGGGCAUUGCCAACCCCAUCAUGAUGAAGUUCUACGGAGCUGGUGGUGAGGGUAUGCCUGGCGGUAUGCCCGGUGGUGCUCCUGGCGGCGCCCACGGCGGUGCUGGCGGCGAUGACGGCCCCACUGUUGAGGAGGUCGACUAAGCUGAUCGCUCUAACACGGCUGUCUCUUCGUCUCCCUUUCCUUGGCAUCUUUCAGCAUAGACUUUUCCCGGAUGGUAGUUCACGGAGUUUCACGGCUUAUGAGCCUUUUCAUUAUGUUUCUCAAUGCAUCGGAUGAAUAACGAUCAACGACACGGGAGGAAAAGUUCGGUGGUAGCAUGUACUCUAAUAAUGGGGUUUAUUAUCCUGUGUAGAGAAUUCUAUGGCAUUUCAAUUAC